AUAUCACCCCGUUAAUCUCCUGAUUAUUCUGAGAUGACUAGUAAGCAUCGAUAGAGAUUUUGAUCCGGGCGGACAAGAAGUCAACUUGAAUGCGCAACGGUCAACGAAGGAGAGAAUGAUAAUGGAGUUGGAGUCGCCAGCCCAGUUCGGCUUUGGACGGCCGUCCAGUCCACCUUGCCAGGAUAAGCCCAUCCGACAUGUUUUUGCUCUGUCUUGUCCAUCCCUUCCCCCCACUGCCUUCCACUGUUCCACACCCCCCAACAGAAAAAAAAAAAAAAAAAGGUCCACGACUACUCACAGUGCCAGCAGCAGUGGGUCUCUCUCUCGCUGCCUCUGCAACGUCAUUCGGGCUCUCUCCUCCUCCAUUCAAGAAUCAAGACUUCUCGUUUUUCCUUUCUCGUGUGUUCAGUUGGGAAGUGCUGAGAGCAGGCUUGGUCGGCCUCGUGGUUGGGGUUGUUGAGAUUUGGGGGCACGAAGUAGGAUUAGGCGGAAAGAAAUGAGCUUGACAUCACUCUCUUUUAGUUUCAGCAGUUCACCGAUUCCGGUGAAAGCCCCCACCAAGAUUCGAUUUCAGUACAAAAGAAGUGGGAGAACUGUAUCUGUGUCGGCUCUAAUGGACGACUCUCAGUCCAACGGUCAACAACCGGGGCAGCUCAAUCUCUCUGUCCUUCGCUUUACCCUCGGUAUACCUGGGUUUGAUGAAUCCUACUUACCCAGAUAUAUCGGGUAUGGGUUCGGUUCGCUUUUGCUGUUAAAUCACUUCGUGGGUUCAGAUCUCUCUGCCAUUACUCCGGCUCAGCUGAGAACAGAAGCUUUGGGCCUUUCCUUGGCAGCAUUUUCUGCGGUUCUCCCCUACCUCGGAAAGUUCCUCCCGGGGACCGCCAUAGUGAAUCAGGCGUCGUUACCUGCUGGCAAUGAGCAACUCUUUAUCAUGUCAGAGGGCAUGCCUGAAGCACUGAGGGAGCAGCUGGCAUGGUCAACUUAUGUUCUGCUUCGGAACACAAACACCAUAGCUGCGUUAGUAUCAGUUGGUGGUGAGUUAUGUGUACGUGGCUAUUGGAGCACUCCAGACGACAUAUCAAGGGCAGACCUGGUUGAUUGGUUCAACAAACAAAUCCAGAAUAUCGGCCUCCCUGAUUUGAAGGAUGCUCUCUAUUUCCCAGUAAAUUCUGGUAACGAGUUUCAGACUUUGCUACCAAAGGGAACCCGUUCACUCUUGAUACUUCCACUGCUUCGAGUUUCGAAUUCAAGCACAGGCAAGCUGAAACUAUCUAAAGGGCUUGUCCUAUUGGCUUCAAGCAUGACCUAUGCAUAUAGUGACAAGGACAGAGCCUGGAUAGAAGCAAUUGCAAACCAAUUUCGAGGUUAGUUUCCAGGACUGGGAUGUGGAGAAGGCCUUGUCCAUGAAGUGGUCAAUUUAAGAAUCUCAUAUUGACCCCCAGAAUAUAGCUUUCUUUCGAUACCAGAACCUCAUCACGGGCACCAGAUGUGGAGAAGGCCUUUUCCAUGAAGUUCCUGAAGCUCACACGAUGCAUAUAAUUUCUACACGUUGGUUUGCUUCAUGCAGGCAAUUACUUUUCUCUCACGAAUCAGGGGCAAUAGAAGCAGUUUGUCGCUACUCGAUUAAAUGGUUCAUGGAUUUCUUCUGGGCCCUUAUUAAUCUGGUCUGACCCAAAGGAGUAUAACUUUUCAGUUAAAAUAUCUUUACUGAUAUAGUCAUAGUUUUCUUGAUGUGAGCUUCAGGUGCAGUCUGAUACAGCGCAGAUGAUAAUAUGGCCCCAUAACUGGAUUCAUGAUGAACGGCGAAGGAUCGGGAUCCAAGUUUCACUUUGGCUGAAAAAGUAAGUGCGCCAUCAGAUGCAAUUCUAAACUGAUUACAACUCUUAUCCUAAAAACAUAUCAUGGGAACACUAAGGACCGUUUCCUGCUCUCGAGAAGGAGGUGGGAUCUUAUUUAUCCUCAUACACAUAAAGAUGCAUACGAUAUAUAUAUAUGUGUGUGCGCGCGCACGUGUGCCACGCGUAUGUUGGUGUUUGUGUGUCCAAGGCCUAUCAUCUUUCUAUCUUGCUUGAACAAGUGAUUGUGGAUAGUGGAGACUAGUAAGUAUUCCUCUGGCAGUCCUUUUAGCUAUAUGUCGGUUGGUGAGUAAGAGCGGAGUGAAUUCGAUACCACCUCAUGGGGCAUGUAGAGCAUCGUGUCAGUGCAUCUCUAGACUUUGUCACGAUUAAAAAUUUCUUCUAAACCAGGUCCGUACGUUGCCUUUCUUGGUGAACAGUCCCAUAUGAUGACUUUGUCACAUAGGAUUGUGGAGCGGUAUCAGAGCUCACGUUCAUGUCUAUGCGUGAAGGCUGCAUACACUCGGUCACUUCCAAAAUUCAGGAGUAUGAUUCCCUUCGCAAAGGGGGUGACUGAAGCCCUGUCUGACCAUUCACAUUGACAUGGAGUUCAUUCCCGGGCCCAUUUUCACUAUCGUCAUGCAUUAUAAAACUACCAAUUUGUGAUAGGUUAGUCUUGUCAGUCCUGAAUUACAAUUAUUCACGACUUAAUGGGGUUCUAGCUUCUCACGAACUUUGUUUGUCCCAAAUAUAUGUCAUGGUACGUAUGUCAUGGAAGGUGUUGAACUUAUCAUCAUAUAUAUUGUAAUGGUAAGGUGGUGAUAAUGUAGUAGGAGAGCUCUAUAUAUUUGCUAAUUCCGGA